GUUUACUUGGUUUACAUUGCAAGCACGUGACCCUAGCUUUAUUACUUAGCUAGUUCAACACAAAGGUGCCGCCGAUAUUUCUCAAUCCACAUUUAUUCGUUUGACAACAUUAGAUCAGUCUAUCACUACGUCCUGGCGAGAACAAGUUGCUUUAAUUCAUAUAGCCUUGAACUACGUCGUCCAAGGAUUUCAUCAAUACCCCAGCAAGAAGACAGGCUCGAUAAAGAGAGUUAUGUCGGCGGUCUGCGAUCACUGCGUUCAGAAUGUUCCUCUGGACCUCUUCCUCCCCCUCCGAGCCCUGGGUCGGUACAGUCGCGGCUUAGGCUGGUUCCUUGGCGUCGAGGUGUUCAAAGGUGAAAAUGCCGUUGCUGAACUCGAUGCGUCACGGCGCAAAGGGUGCCCUCUUUGCAAGAUUAUGUGGACUGCAUUAGAGGCAGCUGAGCCUAUCUGGGCGACAAACGACUUCAAAGGGACUGGCCAUAACAAGAUCCUCCAUGCACCAAGGCAGCAUCUGUCCAAGGAAAAGUACGAGCCCGGGAUUAAAGUAAUAGUAACGGUCGAAGGCGAGAUGAAGAUCACUGAUGGACGGAGGACGAGCGGUGUGUAUUGGGAACUGAAGAGCAAAGGGUAUGGCAAAGUCUUUGCUGCUAUUCGAGCGAGAGCGGCCUGCGACGAGAAUUUCGAUAUGAUAAAGGGCUGGCUGAGAGAGUGUACGGAGAGCCAUGAGCCGUGUUCGAAGCAUCAGGGCGGUGAGACAUUUCUGCCAACAAGACUCAUCGACAUCGGUCCUGGUCAUGACGCGGCGCCGCUUCAACCACGACUAGUCAUGUCGAGCUCUCUGGACCGGACGACUCCUUACUUCGUUUUGAGUUACUGUUGGGGUACCGACCGCGGCAAGACCGUCCACAAGACCACGCGAGACAAUCUACCAUUGCAUCUGGAGAACAUCGAAACUACUAACCUAAACAAAACAUAUAUCGAUACCAUGGAAGUUAUCCGGAAGCUAGGAUAUCGCUACAUAUGGAUCGAUGCUCUAUGCAUAAUCCAGGAUGACCGAUCAGAUUUCGAAGUCGAAUGCAGUCAGAUGAACCAAAUCUACUCGAGAGCAUACUGCACUAUAGUAGGUCCCGUCUUCCGCCGGGGAUGGUGCCUUCAGGAGCGGGAGAUGAGUCCUCGCGUGCUGCACUUCACCAAAUCGCGGAUACUCUGGGAGUGCCGAGAGAGUAACGCAUCGGAGGACGCACCAGAGAUGGUGUCGAAAGAGGCGCAAAAUCUCCAGCUGGGAUCACAUCUAUCGAGCGCUCGGCUAUUUGACGACCAAAGGACAACUGCGAAGUUGAAGACUAAAAGCGGCGUCAUCUACGAGGGGCCAAAGUGGGAGCGGCUGGCUGAGGCAUAUUCACAACGCAAGUUGUCCGUGGAGACCGACAAACUUCCGGCCAUAUCCGGUCUGGCGGCGGCUCUCGCGUUGCGACAGCCGGAUGAUACGUAUCUAGCAGGAAUAUGGAGAAGUGAUUUGCUUAAGGGUGUAUCAUGGAUUCCAACUAAGUGGGCGGAGAGACCUCCUGUAGAUUGUCCAGUGUCUGGUGCUUCUACGGACGCCAUGAUUUCAUCAAUGCAAGCUCUCUCUAUAACCAAGAACGAGUUAGAGCCGAGAACAGACGAUAUCUGGGCUCCCAAGCCCGUACAGCCUAGCAUACCGUCGUGGUCAUGGGCUGCACACAACGGACCGAUUCGCUUCUGCGGCGAGUCAUGGUACAGCGGCUCCUGGACUAAAACGAUUGGAGAUGAUGGCAAGGAAAAAUGGAUCAAGAGCAAGGCCGAGGUGGACAUCGUAUUUGCCUCUGUCAACCACAUAGGCGAAGACCCUUUCGGAUGCGUCUCAGGUGGAGAGCUCGUCCUCAGAGGAUGGGUGGCUGAUAUAGACCUAAGCGGAGACAGGUUUCACGAGGAAGUUGAGGCGACGGAUGUGUUCAACGCGAAGUGCUACAGCGGUCCUAGCGGCGCCUCCAUGGCGACUUACUUCGAUAGGGAUGCCGGAGAGUUACCCUUUCUUCGUGUCCUGCUACUACAACUAGGUACUGGGAAGAAUGCGCGCGGAACGAAUUCGAAUGGGGACUGUGGUUUGGUUUUAGUGAGCAGGGGGGGAAAUAGUACUGUGUAUCGCCGAGUAGGCAUGUUCGAUAUUACUGGAGACAAAGAAAUGUGGCACAGCUUGCGAAAGAAGGGAAGAGUUCGAAUUAUAUGA